AUGUUCUCCCUACCGAUUCCGGCCACGGCGGCCAAUCUCAUUGAGACUAGCCAACUGCGCAGGAGAUAUUAUAGUGCACAAGUGUACGCGCAGACACAAGUGCACUCUCUAUUCCUGUCACUCUCAUAUUCCGGUGGGACGACUGCUCGACACGACCAGGGAGAGUUAAGGCGCAGGACCGACGGCUUUACGAGCUCUCCGAGGCAUGGGGGUGAAACACCGCCAACUUCCCAACUCCGGGCUGUUACUGAGGCUUACUUAUACAGAAAGACUCAA